AUGAGCACUUUUGGCUUGCUACAAAUUGGUCUCAUUCUGUCAUGCACCACCAACAUCUCAAGUCUUCAUUGUAAUCACCUUUCUUUACAGCAAAGCAAAGUAAUUGAGAGCAGCCUGCAACUUUUGGACAAAAUGGGUGAAAAGUUUCCUCAGCGAUGUCUAAGAGAAAGAAUGUCCUUCAGAUUCCCUGAGCAGGUCCUGAAGCCCAGGCAGAAAGAGACUGUCAAAAUGGCCAUUGAAGAGAUCCUCCAACACAUCUUCCAUAUCUUUAGCAAAAACCUGACACUAGCUGCAUGGGAUGGGCAAGCUCUAGAGCAGUUCCAGAAUGGACUUUAUCAGCAGAUUGAGCAAGUGGAGGCUUGUGUAAUCAAGAAGCAGAUCCACUACUUCUGGAGUAAAGAAGCCAGCAGGCUGAAACUGAAAAAGUAUUUCCAAAAGAUAGACUAUUUUCUUAAAGAUAAACAACACAGCAUGUGCUCCUGGGAGAUCAGCCGUGCAGAAAUGAGGAGAUGUCUUCAAUUUGUUGAUAAAGUCAUAAAAAGGCUUAACAACUAA